AUUGCACUCUAUUUCUUUUCUUUUCUUUUAUUAAACGCAAGCUCGUGUGCUGUCAGUUCAUCGCAUGUGUAGCUAGAAAAAAAACACGAUGCCUCCAGCAAGAAGAGAUCGAAGGGUGGGUCUGAAACGCAUCGAUGCUGCGCUUGACGCUGUACGUCCUAUGGGAUUCCCGGGACCCUUGGUUCGCAGGACUGUCAGAAAUCUCCUAAAGGAAUAUGGCGGGGAUGAAGGUUGGGCUUUCAUUGAGGAGUGUUGCUAUAAGCUUUUGAUUGACACGCUUCUCGAUGAGGUAGAGAAAUCAGAGAGGGAAAACUGCGAACCAGGAUUGUUGACAGGCAAUGACAAGGUCAAGCAUUUGAUUGAGAAUGGACCGGCAGAGGAUGAUACUGUGAAAGAUGAACCUAAAGUACACGUUCACUCACCUUACGGUAAUUCCAAGCAAGUUCAUUCUCCAAACAUUCACUCCCCGGCAUCAAUGGAUAUCGUCCUAUGUCCUUCAGUGAGUGAUGCACCUGAUGAGAAGCUUGGAGUGAAAGACUUUUCCCAACAAAUUCACUCUGCACAGGCUUCCUCCUCACACGUCAACUCUUCACAUAUAACUGACAUUGUUCCACGCUCUUUGAAGGAUGUUUCAUCUCUUAUCAAGCUUGAAAUACAGUCCUGCUCUCCACAGAUAUCUUCCACGGGAGUCCAAUCUCCACAUUUGUUCUCCCCAUCGCCAGUGGAUUCUCUUCCUCUGCAGAGGCGUAAACCUUGUUAUGGAUGGCUUAGCAGUGAUGACGAGGAUGAGCCAGAUCUUUUACAUCUAACACCUGCUACUUAAUCCCUCUUCCCAUCUUCUAUUCCAAUACUUGGCAGGAAAACUUCAGUAUCAUUUUCGAUUGUAAAUAAAGUUUUUGCAGCGCAGAUUUCCUCUAGAAUAGUCAUGAAGAUAAAUGUCUUGGAAUCACAUACUUGGCUGCUGUUUUGACCUUUGAUAAUCGAACAAGUUAACAAGCCUCCAUGUUCUUAGCUUCCAUUUGAUUAAAUAUUUUACAGCAAA